AGCCACUAUCAAUAUCUUGCAGACGAUAAUUAUAUAUUGAUUACCUAUAUAAGAGGAAAAUUUAUCAUUUGUGAUUUGUUGUACAAUAAAUCUGUCAGUUAAAAUGCGAGUGCUCAUUGCGAUCACGUUAUUAUCAGUAGCAUGGGCCCUGCCGGCCCCGAACGCGCAUGCCGACUUCGAUUUCAGAAGUCUGUUUGGGCCACAGAACGCCGACUUGAGUCAGGACUCCGGCACCGCAGUACACUUCGUAGAUUCGCCAUUGAACGAGGAAGACGGUAGCGCUGUUCACUUUGUCGAUUCACCACUAGAAGAUUUUACUAAUGGACAUGUCAUUCGCUCAGCUGGCAACUUUGAAGAGAUCGGGGAAGAUGACAACAUUGUUAAAGUAGUUGACACACCGACCAAUGAGGAAGCUAACGAUGGAGUAGCUAUUGACUUCGUUGACUCGCCAGUGGAACCAGUCGAUGACGAUUCAAAUUUUGCUCGCUUCGCCGACAAUGGAAUAGCCGUUAACUUCGUCGAUUCUCCCAUUGAACAGGCCGAUGAUGGUACCGCAGUUCAUUUCGUCGACAACGUAGAAUCUGCAGCUGAGGACAGUGCAAUAUCCGCCUUUGGGGGUAUGCCACUUAACGAGGAAGCACAUGACGAUGGUACCGCCAUUAACUUUGUAAACUCUCCAAUUAAUGAAAUUUUAGAAGCCGGAGCAGCUGAUGUUAUCCUAAUUGGACAAGUCUUUGAACCCAUCAGCGCUUCAGAGCUGGAGACCGUCCAUGUCCAUCUCCCCGAAGACUUUUACGAUGUACACUACCCCAGCAAAAUGUACGACAACCCAAUGCUUCGCUAAUUUUUUAUAAUACACCAAAAUAACAUCUUUGAGCACUAUCGUUUAAUGAUAGAUAUGAAAUUAAAUUAUAUUUUGUAA